GAUGAUGGGCAAGACGACUGGGAUGAGUUUGCGGGGAGCCCCGAGGAUUACAAAACGGCGGGCGAAGGUCGAAUGGCGAGGUGUAUCGCUUCGGUAUUCAUGCAACGCGCCAAGCGGGCAUACCGCGCCGGCAGAACGUGGAGGUCUUUCGAAGACGAGGAACUCGCGAUCGACACGCAAGCAGCGGCACGAGCAGAAUCAGACGCCAGGAAGCGCAAAGUACUACUUGCAGAAGCUCUCUGUGGAAAGUCCCGGCUCGAGGUCUUCGAUCAAAUCAAGGAGCGUUUGUGCACUGAAAUAUUU